AUGUUUGUUAUUGAAUUUAGUAAACAUUUCACCAUGGCCAAACGAACGUGGAAUUUUGGCGACAAAUUUUUCAGUGAAACUGAACUUCAAUCCUAUAUUGUACAAAAUGCUAUAUCUAUAAAACGUACAGAAGAAAUUGAAGCUGGGAAGAAGAUUAUUUUUUCUUAUGAUGGUGGAUUAACAGUUUCAACAUCCAACGAACAUAAUCAUGCUCAUCGUGUAUCAACAAUACGAGCACCAUCACCAGUUAGAGAAAUUGUUAUAAAUUCUGUUGCAGCUGGUCUUUCUUGCAUUCAACCUAAUAAACUAUAG